AUGGAAGUUAUCGAAGUCGAUGCGCUAAUUUGUGGGGGUGGUAUGUCUGGUAUGGCCUGUGCAGCAUUUGCUGCAGAGGCUGGUGCCAAGACUUUGGUAGUUGAGAAGCAAAAGACUAUAGGAGGGUCUUCAAAUUUCUCGGCGGGGAUGUUCUGGGCACCACAUUCAUUUGAAAAGCUGAGAUCUUGGGUACCAGAGGGCGACCCAUGCUUGCAGCGCGCGUGGUUAGAUGAAUACCUCCCAGCAGUACAAUGGAUGCGCGAGAAUGGAAUUCCCACAUCCAGCCGGUAUGACGGAAUCAUGACGAUAGGUAUUUUCAAGCCUACUUUGGUCAACGUGCUAUUCAGAACACAUCAGGUUAACUCGGUUGCAGGUAUUGGCUUUCCGAUUAAAAUACCUUCUCUACACAAGGUUCACCGUCAACGCAUCGAGUCAAGCAAUACUGGAUCAAAGAUUUUAGAAAAUGCAACCAUCCUGAAACUCAUUCAGGAAAGAGAAAAUGUGCCUGGGUCUCGUAUUAUUGGUGCUAUCAUACGAGCGGAAGGACUUGAUGGCUCAUUAGUCUACCAUGAAGUGAGGGCCAAGGUUGUGGUUUUAGCUACUGGUGGCUUUCAGGGAUCCUCACGCAUGACUGCAACUUAUUUGAAUCAGGGCGCAGACAAUAUUUUUGUUCGUUCAAACCCAGGUUCAGUGGGGGAUGGGCUUCGUCUAGCUACAAAGGUUGGAGCUGGGGCAAGUAGAGGUUUAAAUACCUUCUAUGGUCACCUCUUGGCAGCUCCUCUUCGACGCGAGGAAGUGGAUCCCGUUGACUUCCUACCUUUGGCUCAAUAUCAAAGCAAGCAUUGUAUACUUGUGAAUCAAGCAGGUCAACGUUUUGCGGAUGAGACAAUUGGGGAUGAAAUCUUGAACCAGCAUCUGGCAAAACAAGAAACGCGUCGCGGAUUUCUUAUUUUCAAUGAAAAAACUCGUCUUGAACACUGUAUGGGGGCAUUCUUUCCCAACGCAGGAGAUGUUGAUCGCUUACAGAAGGCUCGAGAAUACGGCUGCAAUGUUGGCGAAGCAUCUACGCUGAAUGGGCUUCUUAACUUAAUUCGUGAGUGGGGGGUUGAUUAUGUGCAAGCAGCACGCACUCUCGAACAAUAUGAUCAGUUCGUCCGUUUGGGAAAGAGAAAUCUAGUCCUCGACGCCCCCACAGGUCAAUUUGGUCUUUCCCCUGCACCCCUUGUUGAGGGUGAAGGUCCCUUUUAUGCCAUGGAGGUUCAGCCAUCUAUUACCUUUACAUAUGGCGGUAUCCUGAUCGAUACCAAGGGACGUGCCUUGACUCACGAUAAGGUUACCAUUCCUGGCUUGCUUGUGGCAGGAGUGGACGCUGGCGGCUUCAGUAAUACAGGAUAUGCCGGAGGUCUUGCACUUGCGUUUGUUACUGGAUUAUGGGCUGCCAGGGAGAUUGCCAGAGAGCUUGGCCUGCCUGAGCCUCAUUUGCCUGCAGCUUGUUUAGAAGACAGUUUACCUCUUCAUGGACGGCUUUGA